AUGAAUGAACUGCCUCUUCGUCAUAUUUUUCAAUAUCUUGACGGAGAAACUUCAGGACCUCGUGUAUACUCUGGAGGUAUAAGAAAAAUGCUGGAGUCUUGCGAAAAAUUGCCCGUUGUAAAUUUUGUUUCUAUUGUUAGCCCUUUACCAGAAUUGGACGCUGCAGCUAUUAGGAAUCUUAGCACUGAUCAAGAGUACUUAUAUGAAAUAUGUCGCUCAAUUUCUAGAGGAAACUGUUCAUUAGAUCUAGCAGCUCGUAAUCCAGGUAAAUUAUCACAAGCACGAUGGCUUACAAAGGCAAACCGUAUAUUGCAUCUUUAUAUCGGAAGUAAAUGUCCGUCUACAAACUUAAGAACAAUCGCAGAAGUUGUGGUAAAAGUUUAUGCGCCAGUGUGGUUUGACAUUAAAAGAAAACCAUCGUGUUGUAAUGGAGUAAGACACGUCUUCAGAAUGAUACACAGUUGUCACGCUACUUUAACAACGAAUUGA